CAUUAUUGAAUGAUGUUGCCGAGGCUUUCCAAUCGGUGAGACUGAGGACAUUUUUUAUUCGAUCGUUGAUUGUUUUAGGUGGCGCACCGACCGACGGGGACACGUGCCGCCUUCGAGGUAAACACACAGGGCUCCGUCGCCUCUGCUCGUGUCGUGUCGUGUUUUCUUUGUUUUUUGUCAUCGCCAAACGCCACACAUUUUGAUCAUCGAGCUAUUCGUUUUCCUUUUGCGCUUCGGUGAUACCCAGACGCCUAUUGGAAAUGUCGGAAGUGCUGCCUUUCAACGAGGAGAAAAUGAGUCAUUAUGGAAACGAAGGCGAAGAGGGACACCUUUCCUUCACCUGUCGUCUCCAAGACACCAACAACUUCUUCAACGGGCCACAGAAUAAACGCCCUCCGAAACUCGGACAGAUAGGCAGGAGCAAACGGGUUGACGAAAACGAUGACGGAGAGGCCCAGAAAAACGGAACAGAGAAGACCCCCACGGAGGCUUAA